AUGGGCGGCCCUCCCAUGAUGGUCGGCCCCGGCGGCAAGGGCAAGGGCAAGCCGGGCAUCACCAUAGUGAACCCCCCUUUCCAGCAGAAGGGCGCCCAGCAGUGGGGCAAGGGUGGCGGCGGCGGCUGGGGCAAGGACAAUAGCGCCUGGGGCAAGGGCUCCUGGGGCAAGGACUCCUGGGGCAAGGACUCCUGGGCGGCAAGGACUCCUGGGGCAAGGGCAAGGGCAAGGACAAAGGAAAGCCACGGCGGCCGAGCGGCCCAGGCCUGCCGCGCCAGCGGAUCACGGAGGCGCCUGUGA